AUGUGCAUGCAUGCCCAGCAUGUGCAGCACAGGCAGUAUGAGUGUGCACAGUUGGCGCUGUACGUGUAUGAGUACCUGCUGCUAGUGGGAGCCCAGAAAUCUGCACAGACCUUCCUCUCGGAGAUCCGAUGGGAGAAGAACAUCACGCUGGGGGAGCCCCCGGGGUUCCUGCACUCAUGGUGGUGCGUGUUCUGGGACCUGUACUGCGCAGCCCCUGACCGCCGGGAGACGUGUGAGCACUCCAGCGAAGCCAAGGCCUUUCACGACUACAGUGCUGCCGCUGCUCCCAGCCCUGUGAUGGGGAACAUGCCCCCCAACGACGGGAUGCCAGGAGGACCCAUGCCCCCUGGCUUCUUUCAGGUACCGUCCUCCCCCAUGCAUCUCACCCUGCUCCCCGCGACCCCUGGACCCCAGCCCGGCCCUGCCUGUGGCAGAGAGCUGCUGGGCCCUCGGCGCAUGCGAGCUUCCAAGGCGCCUGCCAGGAGCCCCCUUUGUUACCACGUCUUGGCCACGGAACCAGUGGCGUAGCCCCCUGCGUGACAUCGUGUGUGACAUCAUCAGACUCUGGGGUGAUGUCGCAGCUGGGCAGGGCGGGCCUGGGGCUGACUCCGUGUGAGGCCCUCUGGGAUCACCCGCAGCCAGGACUUCCUGGCGCUGCCACCGGCGCGUGUUCCCCUGGGCUGGGGGGCAGCAGCAGCCCUGGAGCCAGGGUGCGGGCAGGCCCUGCCUGGGGGUGCUGCAGGCUGGCAUGCUGCAGUCGCUGGCCUGGGCCAGCCUCAGCCCUCCAGGGCUGCGGGCAGGGGCUCGGGGUGGGGCUGAGUGCCCAGGGCCGGCGGGUGGAGGGUG